AUGGAACAAGAUGUUGUAAAUUUGAAAAACCAUACUACUCAAUAUAAAGUACUGAAAGAUGAAGAGAUAAAACAAAAAGCCCUGAAGACAUAUAUGGAUAGCGAUGAGUAUAAAAAAGAAGUUGAAGCAAAUGUAAAGGCAGAAAAACUUUUACAGUUGCAAAACCAAACCGUACAGUAUGAAAACUUAGCACAAGAAAGUAAAAAUAACGACGCGGCUAUGCAAAAGGCAAUGAAAAGUGCAGAAUAUAUAAAAGCUAAUAAUGACUGGUUAGAUGCCCAAGCCAACGCUAAAGCAGCCCAACUCAUAGGGUCAAUAAGGACAAAAAUACAAGCGGAUGAAGACAGUUCAAAUGAAGCUUUAACAAAUGCUGACUUUAAGAACGCCUUCGAAGCUCUUCAUAGUAAGGUGAAACAAGUGAACGACUUCUCAUCUGGAAAGAAACUGAAGUCUGAAGGUUUCGACAAAGAGUUAAAAGAAGUAGCACAAAAUAUGACGAAAAUAACAGAUGCAGCAACGAGACAGGCAGUUCAAAGUGCCUAUGACGCCGUUAGAGCAACUGUUGUGAAAAGUCAAGAAAAAGAGUUACAACAGACCAAAACAGACCUAGUAAAUGCUUUCUUAAGAACGAAAAGUCAGGUAGGACAUUACGCUGCAGAUGGAACAUAUGUGCCAGCUGGUGGAACUUAUAUACCAGCUGUUGGAAUUUAUAUACCACCAAACCCUCCAAGAGAAGCACCUGCACCAGGACUACCUAAAACAUUUACAUCGUCACAUGGACACAGACACAGGCAUGCACCAAAACCAACACAACAACCAACAGUUCAAAAUCCAGCACAACAACAACAACAACCAACACAACAACCAGCACAACAACCAACACAACAACCAACAGUUCAAAACCCUGCACAACAACAACCACAACCAACAGUUCAAAACCCUGCACAACAACAACCACAAACAGAGCAAGGACAUAAAAGAA